GUUACUGAUUGCUUGCUCACUGACCGAAGCUGACUGAUGUGAAAUAUACGCGCGUGAUUUAAUUUUCAAAUUUUAUAUAACACAGCAAACAUUACAUACUCUACGUUGGCAGAAAUAGGAGAAGAGAAAUUGAAAAUAAUUUUAAAAUAAAUUGAAAUUGAAAUAGUAGCUGUUAAGCGAUGGCGAGUCGUGAAGGGGGCAAGAAGAAGCCCUUAAAAGCCCCCAAAAAGGAGGCCAAAGAGAUGGACGAACAGGAUUUGGCCUACAAGCAGAAGCAGAAGGAGCAGCAGAAGGCUCUCGAUGCAGCCAAACAAAAGGCAGCCCCGAAGGGCGGCAAGAAGGCAUCUAAGUAGCAUAUAUCAUCCACACGCAGGAUAUUCGAUGUCCUGUUCUGCAAUAAAAUUGAGUUGGCUUACGUUUUGCCCAGUUGAAUGAUGA